GUCACCUGUGUGUGUGUUGGUGGUAUCGUCACAACCAGCAUCCCUCUCGUCGUAACACACAAACCGAAAACUUGUAAUACUUUCCAUUGGGACACUUCUCUUAAUAACCUGGAACUUGGUGUGGAAUAAAUACUGAUGAUCUUUAGGAUGGUGUUACUGUUUGUGUGCCUUCAAUGAUGCGUUAAUUGAUGGGAUUGAAGAUUUACAAACUUUGAAGAGAGUUCGGCUUGACCGCAGGGAGAGACCACGUCCACAGUUGCGAGCCAUUCAACUUCACACACGAUUUAUUUACACGCAUGAAUGCGUUGGUUUUGUAAACAUGAAUUAGUUCCAAGCUAGCUGCAUUCUAAUUCUAUGCUGUAGAAACGAAACCACACAAUUUGUCAAAGCCUGCUUCCUAUUCGGUGGACUAUGUAUGGAUUUUAUUUGCCUCAAUUUUAGAGUCGUUUACAGCAACAGCCCCAUGACUUCUCACCAAGAUAGCGAGACGUUUUGACGCCGUCUUCGGACCAAGAAUCAUGGGGAAAGAUAUGGAGUUAUUGACCGCAGUAAAAACAGAGGACACGGCCGCUGUGCAGAGAAUUGUUUCUAAAAUAAAGGCUAAACAAAAAAAGCAUGGCACAAUCAAGAAAUCGUCACUGAACUUCCAAGAUGAUGAUGGGUUUUCUGCUCUCCAUCAUGCAGCUCUCAUUAGUAACUGUAGCAUCAUGGCUACCUUGCUGGAAUGUAACCAAAUAUAUGUUGAUAUCAAGGAUAAUAAAGGAAUGCGCCCACUGCACUAUGCAGCUUGGCAAGGCAAGCUUCAACCAGUCUCUCUUCUCAUGAAAUUUGGUUCUUCCCCUAAUGAAUGUUCUCUUGAAAGUGAUACACCUCUACAUCUUGCAUCCCAGUAUGGCAGUCAUAUGGUGGUGGAGAGUCUUCUUCAGUAUCAAGCCAAUCCAGUCUUAAAGAAUAAAAAAGGCAAAACAGCUCUUGAUCUAGCGGCAGAGUUUGGUCGUUUGAAAGUCGUCCAGCGUUUGAUGAACAGUAACCAAUGUACAGCUCUUCUUGAUAUUCCUUCUAGAACUAGAGUCAGUAUGCAUACACCACUUCAUCUAGCAGCUAAGAAUGGCCAUAUUGAUGUCAUGAGAGUUUUACUGGAAUAUGGCAUCGAUAUAAACAGAGAAACACCCAAUGGAACGUCGCUACAUGAGGCAGCAUUAGCAGGGAAAUCAGAAGUGGUUAAGCUACUUAUAGCUAGCGGUAUUGAUGUUCAUAAGAAGAAUUCUCAUGGUCAGACGGCUCUUGAUAUCGUCAAUAAAUUCACUCCUAGUCGAGCAGCUCAAGAAGUCAAGCAACUGCUUAGAGACUCCAUUGGUGGAUCUCAAGCGCGGGCGCUUCAGGAAUAUAGCCGCAUUCAUGACCGAUCUGCACUGUCUUUCAGACCAGGGGAUAUCAUUACGAUACUUGAGCGGAACCAAGAUGGUAAUUGGAAGGGAUCUAUAACUAAAGCCAACAAUGAGUGCAUCGGAUUCUUCCCAUCUUCAUAUGUUGAGCUUCUAACAAGACCAGUCUCCACAACCCGGGGGCUCUUAUACUCUGAUGACGAUGCUAAAGUUGUAGUACCUGCGCAUAAAGAGACGAUUAAACCCCCACGAGGUGGAUGGGGUGCCCGUAUCUACUCGGCUCUUUUUUCGGAAGUGACUCCAUCACUAACCAAAGAUGACGCACUUCUAGACAUACAGUCGCAAUUGGUGAAGCUUCUUUCAAAACCUCAAACACAACUUGUGAUGGCACCGGAAAGGAAAAUUUCCCCGUUUGGCGGAAAGGUCGGAGAGGUGCGGGAGUUCGUAACCAGUAUCCGUAAUGCGUUCCAGCGUUACUCCAUACCACAAGAUCAGAAGGGGCCCUUUCUACUGGACUACUUGCGUGGAGGCCCUAAAGCAGAAGUUAAGGCCAUGCUGUCGGAAGAGAAAAAGAUCAACAAGGUCCUAGAUUUCCUUCUCGAAUCAUAUGGGGACAGACUUGCGACAGGAGAGCUCCAGCGAUUGUUUUUGGAGAGACGACAGAGGCAUGGAGAAGGUGUCCGAGACUAUGCGUUAGACAUUGAAAGGCGUUUCUUGAGGCUUACACGACAUGAUGGAAAGCUAUACUCAAGUCCAGACACCACAUUGGCAGAGCAGUUCAAGGACUUGGUGACUCAUACAUACGUAGCACAUGCCGUGAUACGUUUGAGCAAGGGUUUGCCAUAA